AUCUAUACAUGUAUCUUCUACAUAUAUGCAACUUCUCUCUCUAUCGUCUUCUUCUUGCUCGAUCAUUGCGUUAACUUCGUCGACUGCCAAACUAUUUGCAUCAGCGAGAGAGAGAGAGAGAUUUAUCGCAAUUUUUUUUUUUUGUUGGAGUUAGAUUUUUUUCUGCUCGGUGGCUACAAGGGCGAACCUGGUUUCCUUUUCUCUGCGGAGAUUCCUCCGGCGGUUCUCCGAUCUUCUCCUUCGUCAUCUCCUCUUCGGCGCGUUUUAUUUCCUUCUGAAGAAACAGUGAACUUCUGGUUUGGUAUUCGAGUAGCGUGAACCGGUCCACAAGGGUUCCGAGCUUGUUUGGCUGCUGAAUACAGAAAUUUUUCUUGUCCGGGACAUGAAGAGGGGUAGAGACGAGGUUUUCAUGGCAGCCCAGACACCUAGGCCUGCGGCUUCGUCUCGAGUAGAAACCAAUGGGCAGCCUCACGUGAUGGGAGAAGCGGAAAAAAACACGGGAAAGCUAACAACAACCGAUGCUCUAACCUAUCUGAAUGAUGUGAAGGCCAAGUUUCAUGACAAUAACAAAACAUAUGACAACUUUCUCAGCGUCAUGAAGGACUUCAAAGCACAAAGGAUUGACACUAGUGGUGUUAUAGAAAGAGUCAAGGAUUUGUUCAAGGGUUAUCAGGAACUACUUUUAGGUUUUAAUGCCUUCUUGCCCAAGGGGUAUGCAAUAACCCUUCCGCCUGAUGAUAAAAGACGUAAGAAACCAGUGGAUUUUGGAGAAGCUAUUAAACUUGUCACCAAGAUUAAGGCAAGGCUCCAAGAUGAUGGACAUUCGUAUAGAUCAUUCCUAGACAUCUUAGACAUGUAUAGAAUGGAAAGAAAGUCCAAAUCCGAGGUCUGUCAAGAGGUUACCCUGUUAUUCCAGGGCCAUGAAGAUCUGCUUGAGGAGUUUAAUCAUUUUCUGCCUGAUUCUUCAGGAUCUAAUCCUACUCCCCUUUCUGGAAGGAAUGCAGCACUACGUGAUAGGAAUUCUGCAAUGCCUGCCACGCAUCAAAAGCAUUCUGAUAAGAAAAUAAAACCGCUACACAAGGUUCAAGAUAAUUCAGAACACUCUGACCAAGGUGAAGCAGGUGAUGAGAACGCUGUGGCUUGCUCAGGGAAUUCUCUGGGAAAAUCUCUUGUUAAUGAAGGACAAUGGUCCAGGUGUUUGAAGGCAGGCGACAACAGAGGGUGCCUUGAUUAUGAAAAUAAUGGGCAUCAAGAAAGAGAUCAGGACAAUGAUAGAACUGAAAGAAGUGCAGCUUCUGGCAGUAAAGACAUUGGAAGUCACAAAAUUCCAUUAUCUACUAACAAGUAUUUGGCAAAAUCAAUAAAUGAACUCGACCUUUCUGACUGCGCACAAUGCACUCCUAGUUAUAGGCUCUUGCCAGAGAAUUAUCCCAUUCAGAUCCCAAGCCACAGAAAUGAAAUCGGUGCUGAGGUACUCAAUGGCCGCUGGGUAUCCGUCACCUCAGGGAGCGAGGAUUACUCAUUUAAACAUAUGCGGAAAAACCAGUAUGAAGAAAGCCUCUUUCGGUGUGAGGAUGACAGGUUUGAGCUGGACAUGUUGCUGGAGUCUGUAAAUUCAGCCAUCAAGCGGGUGGCAGAGCUUCUGGAGAAGAUCAAUGACAACACAAUUUCUAUGGACACUCCGAUAUGCAUCAGAGAACAUCUUACAGUUCUUAACCUAAGAUGCAUCGAGCGAUUAUAUGGUGACUAUGGGCUUGACGUCAUGGACUUUUUGAAGAAGAAUCCUCAUAUUGCUUUGCCAGUGAUACUAACUCGCUUGAAGCAGAAGCAAGAAGAAUGGGCAAGGUGUCGUUCUGAUUUCAGGAAAGUAUGGGCUGAAGUGUAUGCUAAGAAUCACCAGAAAUCACUAGAUCAUCGAAGUUUCUAUUUCAAGCAGCAGGAUUCUAAGAAGCUGAGCGCAAAAGGUUUUGUGGCAGAGGUAAAAGAUAUCAAUGAGAAGAAGCAUAAAGAUGAUCUGAUUCAUUCCAUCAGGACUAAGCCAUCUCUUACACCAGAUCUGGAGUACAUAUAUUCUGAUCCACAAAUUCAUGAAGACCUAUAUCAGCUGAUCAAGUAUUACUGUGAAGAGAUAUGUACAACUGAACAGUCAGAUAAAGUAAUGAAAAUAUGGGUAACUUUCUUGGAGCCUAUGUUUGGGAUUUCUUCUAGGACUCGAGGUAAUGAGAAAGUCACUGUUGCUGUCAAGUCAAAAGAACACAACCUGGAAAGUUCUUCUGCCUCAGACUCUAAACAUUCAACAUCUCCAAGGAAAUCAAACAAAGAAAAUCCAACACUGCAACAGGGCUCUCUUGAUCGAGAUGUCUUGUCUCGUAUGGGAGAAUCUGCUCAACAAGAUACCAUGCAGGGUGAUGUGGUUAUGGCUAAUGAGGAUGGCCAGUCUUCAAGUUUGGUUUCCUCCAGAGCUGAUCCAACAACAGAAGGAGAAGGCCUAAUGAAUCAUAGGCUUAAUGAAAGACCAGUGACAGAGCACAAGGCUGAGCGAGAGGAGGGUGAAAUAUCUCCCGCUGAUAGUUUUGAGCAAGAGAGGUUUGAGGCUUAUGGAGAGAAUGGCCUUGAGCCAGUGCAGAAAGUGAUUGACGAUGCAAAAUGCAAUAAGCACCAACAAAGACUUGAAGAAGGACUAUUCUGUACCGAAGUUGGAGCAAAGGGCAAUUUAGGUGCCAAAGAGAGCAAUGAUAUUACUGACAAGUCUUUGGAAGGUAAUAAGAAUGACACUGGGAUUAUUGCUUCAAGAACUAAGUUGAUGGGGGAAGAUUCUUCCCCUGAAGGGGAUGUGGGAGUUAUGACCAGUGAUGAACAUGGUAACGAUUGUUAUAAUGCCCACGAGGUUGAAGAUGGCUCAUUGUGCACAUUUUCAGAUUGUGUUCUGCAACUUGUGAAGCCCCUCGCAAAACAUGUGCCUGCUGCAUCGCGAGAUAGUGAAAGCCACUCCCAGAAGGAUUCUCGAGUAUUUUAUGCAAAUGAUUCCUUGUACGUGCUUUUUAGGUUCCAUCAAAUGUUGUACAAGAGAAUACAAUCAGCGAAGAUUAAUUCGAAAAGCAAAUGGAACCCAGUUUGCACAACUCCUGAUGAUUCUUAUGCCAGGUUCAUGGAUGCCCUCUAUAGUUUACUCGACGGGUCAAGCGAUAAUACAAAGUUUGAGGAUGAAUGCCGAUCUACUAUUGGAGCUCAAUCAUAUGUCCUCUUCACAUUGGACAAACUUGUUCAGAAGUUUGUUAAGCAUCUUCAUGCAGUUGCAAUCAACGUGACAGACACCAAGCUUCUGCAGCUAUACGCAUAUGAGAAUUAUAGAAAGCCCGGAAGAUUUUUUGAUAUGGUUUACCACGAGAAUGCCCGUGUUCUCCUCUAUGAUCAGAACAUAUACCGAAUUGAACACUCAUCGACACAGACCUGCCUCUCGAUUCAGCUUAUGAACAGUGGGCACGAGAGGCCUGAAGUUACUGUUGUAACCCUCGAGCCGGGUUUCGACCAUUAUUUGCAGAAUGACUUGCUCUCACUUGUUUCUGAUGAAGGGAAGCCUGGAGUAUUCCUGAAGAGGAACAAACAGAAAUUGUUCGAUAAUGACGAAUCUUCUGGAACAUCUCGGGCAAUGGAAAGGGUGAAAAUUAUCAAUGGAAUGGACUGUAGCAUAACUUGCAGUUCUUCCAAGAUCAGGUAUGUUCCAAACACGGAAGAUCUUCUGUAUAGGAACAAAAGGCGAAAACUGAACUCAGAUGAUCCGUGCCUUAGCGAGACGAAGACUUCCAGUAAAAUGCGAAGAACUGAGCAUUUUCAAGUAUUGCUCAACCGCAAAAACCUUGCCUUGCCUUGACGUGUUGCUUAGUUUCUGGUGAUAGAGGUUGAGAGAGAGCUUGCAAGGAUUGGUGAUCAUAGAGAGGAGAGCUCUGUCUUUGAAGUGAUUCUUUGAUCGUAUGGCUCAAAAGAAGAGAUUCAUAAUGAUGUAAUUCGUUUUUAUUAUUCUUUUUUUUUUUUUUUUUUGCGUUUGGAGCCGCCAACUCUGGUGUAUAGGUUAGGCAAACGCCAAAAUCUGGGGAUCCGUAAUUCAUUCUUUCUAAUGAAAUUCUUUCUUCCUGUCAA